GCCUCGUUCCAUGCGGUCGUGUGAUCGCGUCGUCUACGUCGUUCCCUCUAAUUCGUAGCCAAUAGUAUUUUACUUUUGUGCAUUUUAAAUUUUCGUUACGUUCUUGCCGUGUAUGUACGUGUGGUGUGUGUGCCGUGUCCGUGCCCCGUUUCUCCCCGAUAUGCAAAUGCAAAUUCAAAUGAUCUAAUCGAUGACCAGCAGCUAUAAGCCACGCAGCAGCGACGAAGCCCUCGCCGAGCAGUUGAGUCUGGCCCGGAGCACCGGAAGUGGCACCAAGCCCCUGAGCGGCGGCACGCCCAUUUAUCGCCAGAUAUCUGGCGCCAUGGCAACCCUGCCACGCCAUGACACUGAGUCGUCCAUCUCCAGAACCUGCGUCUACAUUGGCGGUGCACCAAAUUCAAAUGGUGCCCCAGUAUCCGUGUCCGCCACUCUGGACCGCCGCCAGCCGCAUCGCAUGUCCUGGCUGAAUAUGCGCAGGGCCAAGGCCGAUGCAGAGCUGGCCGCCAUCACGCCAUCGCCCCAGACCACGCGCAGCUGCAUCUCCACCGUGUCCAGUGUGGUGGACAGCGGCGGGGGACGCACCACCGCCACCUCGGGUCGCAUCAGCUCCAGCGGCAUUGUCACCCUCAGCGGCAGCAACAACACGCUGAGCGAGAUACAUGGCGGCUAUCACGAUCACGAUGUGCACGAUCUGCACCACGAUGGAGUGUCCAAGAAUUACUCCGUGUCCGCCUCGGCCAUUUCCACGCACAACAUCACAACGGCCAGCAAUGCCAAGCUGCUGCCAGCCGCCGAGGAUGAGGCCAACAAGCAGACGAAAUGCUCCGUUUUCCGCGGCCUUGUGCUCUGCCUGUGCCUCAACGUGAGCUUCGCGAAUGUGGUUCGCUUCCCACGCGAGCUGGACCGCUAUGGAUCGGCGUAUCUGGUGCCGUAUGUGGUUUUGCUCUUUCUAGUCGGGCUGCCCAUGAUGCUGCUGGAGAUAUCUGUGGGUCAGUUUCUGGGCCAGGGGGCGGCGCACACUUGGCGCGCCUCGCCCAUAUUCAAAGGAGCCUGCAUCGUGAGUCGCUUCGCCUCGUGGGUGUCCGCCAUUUGGGUGUCCCUGCAGGCCGUGCUGGCAUUGGCCUACAUCGGGAUGUUCGCCUCCAAUGCGCUGCCAUUUCGCGAGUGUGCCGGACCCGUCAAGCUGAGAACGAAUGGCUACCUGGUGACGGGGACCAGCGGACAGGAGUGCCUGCAGCUGACCUUCCUGACGCCCUUCUGGCGUAAUCCACUGUACUUUGGCCUACUGGCAGCCGGCCUGAUUGGUCUCUGGAUUGUGGUAAUGCUGUGCACCCACAAUGCCAAGAUACUGCGUCGCAGCCUGUUCGUCUAUGGGCUGAGUGGCUUGGUCCUGCUCUGCGCCCUCACCGGAUGGGAGGUGCGCAACUCCUUCAGCCGCCACUACUUCCCAGAGCUGUGGGGCUUCGAUGCGACGCUGCUGCUCGAGAGCAACAUCUGGUUCAAUGCCCUGGUGCAGGUGCUCUUUGCGCUCAACUGCGGCUUUGGCGCCCUGCCCAUGAUCACCGGCAAGUUCCUGUACAAGGGGGACGCUGUACGCACCUCCGUGGUGUAUCUCUGCUUCAACCUGCUGAUCAAUGCCAUUGCCGUGACCCUGUUCAUGGUGCAGUUCGAUCUCUCCGCCAAUGGCUACCAGAUAAUGGAGGAGCUCAAGCCGCUGACGGCUAUCUACGACCGUGUCCUGAACGGCUCCAGGGAGGGGGAGAGCGAUCUGCUGCAGCACCUUGUGCCCGCCCUCAUCUACGUUCUGAUCAUCCUCUCGGCCAUGGUGUCCAUCACGGUGGCCGUGUACACGUCGACGCGCCUGGUGCCGCGGCGUCCCAACUACGUCAUCUGCCUGAUCGCCCUCGUUGUGGCCGUCAUGUCCUUUGCGGCGCCCAAGUUCAUCAUUGCGCGGGUGCUGGACUCGCGCCUCGUGGGCACCAUGGUCGUGACUGCUCUGGUCUUUGAGCUGAUUGCCAUAACUUGGAUCUACGGAGCCAAGAACAUCUACACGGAUCUGGAGUUCUCCAUCGGUCGGCCCAUCUUCAAGGUCUGGAUGUUUCUCUGGGUCACAUGUCCGGCCGUGCUCACGGGCAUCCUGGUGUGGUGGUGCGCCGACGACGACCAGUACGAUCUGCUGUCGGAGUACCUGCCCCGCUGGGCGCCCAUACUGUUCGUCCUGGCCGUGAUCCUCAUCAUUGCCUGCAUCCAGAUCUUCCGCCAGGUGGAGUACAACUUCUUCGGCAUGAUCUGCGAGGCCUCCAAGCCGGCCAAGGAGUGGGGUCCCGCCGAUCCGCUUGCCCGCCACUCCUGGAAGCAGUGGCGCUCCGUCUGCCAGGACACGGGACGGCGGGACUUUACGCUGCGGCGACGCGGCACUCGCGACUACACGCACUCCAUCAAGAAGGGCCAGUACACGAGUGCCCAGAAGUACGGCGUCCAGAACGGCGGACAGACACAGACGCCGAUGCACCAGACCCACUGGAAGUCCUCCACGCCGGGCAACAGUUCGCCCAACUACAGCGGCUCCAUGUUCGGGGACUCGGCCAUCGAGGAGGACAUCAGCGUGGACAAGUUCCCGGGCAUCACGCAGCAGCAUCAGCAGCAGCAGCAGCAGCAGUAUGUGCCAUUCCAGGCCAGCGAUGCCAAGCCGAUGAGAUACUCCCAGCGCAUGCGCCAGACGGCUCAGCCCCAGACCCUCACACGGCUGCCUCCAGCAGCGGAGGCGGCGGGACCCACCACUGUGGAGAAGCACCGCGAGGUGGUGUACAUCCGUCGACUGUCCGACGGCGGCACUGGCUCCGGCCACGCCACCCGCAUUGAGAUUUCGCCCUCGAACGAGUCCAUCACCUACGGCAACGGCAAGACCAACAACAACUCGGCCCUGGCCAUGUCCAGGAAUCCGCUGGGCCGCUCCACGGGCUGCCUGGCAGCCACACAGCCGCCGCCACCGCCCAGAGUCCACAUCAAGCGGUCGGCCAGCUCGGUGGUGAAUGUGAAUGGGAAGCUGCCACCGCCUACAUCCGCUGCGGCCGGGGAUCACAUCUGCUGGCGUAAGUUCAACGUCAAUCCGGAAGAGUAUUCCACGGAGCUGUGAACCGGAGUGCAGAACCGCAGGAGAAAACGAAGCAUUCACAUUCAAAAAGACUUGUUGCAUCCAAAAGAAAUGUAUCUGUAACUAUAAGCUGUACGGCAGGCAGUAUUGCGUCUGCAUCUGGAUCUGCCCCCUAUCGAUGUAAGCUACGAAUAACGAAUUAUGCCCAAAAGGCAGAGUAAAAGUGUAUCUUCUAGUUCCGAAACUGUACAUAGUGAGAGUAGUGAGAGGAGAGAGCAUGUCUAGAUAUAGUUCUACGAUCUAGUUCCCUAGCAUAAGUCGAGAAAAUUCCGUUGUCAUUACGCCCAUCUGGAGAGUAGGAGUAUCUGGAGUAGAUCCGCACUGGUCUACCAGUGCAGUGUAUUAGUCUAAGCACUUGAUACAUAUGUAUGGAAACCAUUUAACGUUUAAACCCAUUAAUUAUACAUAGUUUACUUAACCGAUUACGCCUGAACGAGUGGAUGAUCCGAGUGCCUGAAUUAAAUGAAUUAUGAAUUAUGCAUUAAGAAUCCUAUGUAGAAUCCAUAGACCUAGACUCAGCUCCUAGUUAGUCCCUUAGUCUGACACAGUAUCCUAAGAAUCGGAAUCCGAUGUUAAGUUAAUUUGUGAACACAACGAUGUCGAAAACGAUCUUAUAUAAUAAUAAAUAGAAGGCUUAGUAAAUUA